CUAAUCUGUCAACAGGUUUUAAUUGAGCACAAAUGUUACUCAACCUGAUAAUUGUCGGAUAAUGGAGUUAACAAUGAUUUAGCUGGACGGUGCGCUACCAACAUGUUUGAUCGGGUAAAUUACCCAAGCCCGCUCACAAUUGGUCACAAUGGAUGGCGAGUAAAUAGUGUUUGUGACACCCAUUAGGACAAGCUGUUCACUAGAAAAAACAUCGUAUAUUUGUCCUGGGACUACAGUUUCGAGCAUCACUUGCAGAGCGCACGCUGAAGAGAGAGACAGAAAAAUACAAAAAAGACAGAGAAUAAAUAAAACUAAUUUUACAUUUUAAUGUAACUGAUUUUUGUUUCAUAUUUUUAUCUGGGAAUUAUUUGUUGCCUAUCGCGUGGACUGUGUUAUGUUACUGUGUCUUGUGUUUUUGAUACGACUUAGAAUCUGACCAACGGAGCGCGGAUAGUUGGGUUAUUAUUUUGUGUGAAUCUGAAUCUUGAAGUAUGCUACUGGAGCCGAGGAAGGCGCCCAAGCGGCAGAGCUUCUCCAUCGAGAGCCUGGCAGUCAGCAGUCACGUGGAGCAUGCAAUCGAGGCAGUGUCGCCGCCUUGCGGCAGCUUCCCGUCAAGGUCGUCUGCCAACCACAUGUCGUCUGCAGCAGACCACAACUUGAAUAUCUCGCAAGAGCAACGAUGGCUCGAGUUUCAGGAAUUCUACAACGCACGGGGUCUCAGUCUGCGAAUCGACGAAGGUAACGUUUCCGUCUGCGACUUCACGUCCAGCGGAACUAUCCCUGAAGUGUCGACGUCGACCCCCAAAAUGCCGUCACCGAAACGCCGACGGCUGCAUUCAACGUCAACCCCGCCGUCGUCUUCCGACGACUCUGCUGCCGAUGACAAAAAUGCCACUGAUGACAGCAGUCUUACGGGAUUCCCAGAUGAGGAAAAGUGCAGCCCUAUAUCGACGUCCGCUAGCUCCGCAUUUUCAGACAAUGAAAGCACGUGCAGCGAUUCGAGCGCGCGCCGAAAGAAGGUACGCACAGCGUUCACUGGAGACCAGUUGAAGGAGCUUGAGAGACGCUACAAGACUCAGAAAUAUCUGACCGCCAGCGACCGCACGCAUCUCGCCAACACACUAAAACUGAAGGAGCAACAGGUGAAGACCUGGUACCAAAACCGCCGCAUGAAGGAGAAGCGACAGCAGCGCGAGGACGAGGAGUCGCGAGCGUUCUGUCUCCCGACAGGAGGCGUCGACAUUAGCCAACUCACAGCCCUCGGCAUCCGACCACCGCCUUUCCACCUGGCGUCUCCAUCAGCAGCGACGGCUGGAAAUGGCGCCCAAAGCAGCCAGUUGUCACCUCUUGAUCGCGAUUGGCGACUUCUUUCAGACGAUAUACCACCGGCGUUCACUGGUAGACUUCCUUCGCCCGUCGACGUCUCUCUACAGCGAGGCUCCGUGGUGGAUACGGCCAAGAUCCCUUCACCGUAUCUGAACAAUCACGCCACGUACGCGCUAGGAGUGGAGCGUCAGUUCCCGAACGGACACGCCACGCCGAAGGAUCUUUUCAAGGUUUCCGCGUAUGAGGCGAGUCCCCAGCUCUUCUCUCGACCGUACAACUUUCAGCGUCCCAUCCCUCUCUACCCCGGCGUUACAAACAUUGGUACGUCGAUGACGUCACCUAUGUCGUCAUUCGCGUAUACGGGUCAAAGAAGCUAGUGUGUGUGUUCUCGUGAGUUAUAUUUAAGUAUUUAUAAAUGUGCCUGUGUGUAAUAUAAAUAAAAAAUGUGCUGUAAUUUUGGAUAUUGCGAACAUGUGUGGACGGCGAAGACGGUGUACUGGGGCAAAGCGGCGCUUUUAUAAACGUUAACACGCUGUAUCGUGGAUGAGACGAAUCUUCGAGCGACGAACUGUCGAUGUGAUGAAAUCAUCAUUGUUGUUAUUUUUAAGUCUUUAAAUUUUAUUGUUUUAGUGUAAAUAUACAUUAUUUUCUAUAACAAUAAUAAAGAAUUUGUCUGUG